AUGGGGAAAGUUGGCCGGCGCCGAGACAUAACGCGAUCGGCUGACAGGGACGAAGACGAGGCCGCUGCCUGGUACACGGUGGCAUCCGGAACGGAGCACGCAAUGGCGAACUUCUGCCCCUGGGGCCGCUGGUCAUUUGGAGCGCUCCGCCAUGCCGGCUACCACUUUGAGGGCGUUGGUUCGAAACGCAGCCCAGCUCGCGCUGGGUCUCGUCACCGUUCGCUGGUGGAGGCAGUGGCAAUAGCACGACAAGAGCGGAGAGCUGGAUUCGACUUUGGUACGAGGAACAUGGCAAUAUCAAUCAUGACAUGGCUUGCCAUGCCACAACAUUAG